AUGUCACCUUUGAUCUCAGCCAACAUGGCUAAUAUCUUUGAAUUCGCCGCAUCCAGAUUGCUGGCGAUUCAAAGUGAACUGGAGACAAGCACUCUUGUCACAUCGCCAAGGGAUCGCCAAAUUGUUGUGAAGUACCUCAUUUGGGAGGGAGAUGCCUUCAUCCUUCCAUGGGUUGCCUUCUGUGAAGGCAUGAGCAUCAACCCCCCAUUGUCAAGGAACCUCCGAUUCUUCGUCAGCACGCUCGGUAUGAAGCAAGUUGAGCUCCUAGAUGAAGAAGAGGUCUAUGCUUCAUUCAUGAAGCUUCGGCCAGAACCUGGUGUACCUUGGGUGAGAGGUCGCCUGGUCAAGAAUUAUCCAUUGGCAUGGUGGGACGGGCAGUUCACCAUCCUGCCGUACAGAGAAUUUCUCAAGAAGUUCCCGGACAGCAACGAAAUGAGGAAAAUGAUCGCCGAUCACUUCGCCCAACUGCCUGAGAGCAGGAUGUUGGUGAUGCCGGCCACAUUGGUGCACCCAAGGUCCACGCCGCUAGCUCAGCAAUUGGCCACCAUCCAUGCCGAGAUUGAACAAGAAGGAAAUGAGAUUUGGAAAAUGAUGGAAAACAAGGUGGUAGAGGCAAAGAUUGUGGCUGCGUCCUUGAUGAAGAUGGAGACCGCUCUGGGGCAAGAUGUGAUUGCGGCGAUCACCGCCACAGAUGCCUUGGUCAAAUAUUUAAGCAGGGAACCAAAGAAUCCAAUUCAGCCGGCCACCAGUGACUCAGAGUAG